GCGAUCGUGAUCAUUCGGAAUUUUCCGGAGCGUCACGACAAACAAAAUGGACACCAAACAGUGUACGGCGAUGGUUAUCAACAAAAUGUCUCAAAAGUCACUCUAGUCAAGUAGAGUUUCAUUAAAACAGUCAUUGAAAGGCACUACAUCUUGGUGAUGUGUUAGAGCAGUAAGAUGGCUGAUAUCUAUACAUGUAGGUUGUGUGGUAUGAAGAUUACAUUAAAUGUGUUAACAGAACACAUUUUACUACAUGACCAGUACUCAACUUUCACAUAUAAUGAAACUACAAAAAUAGUAGAACCUGUGCAUGAAGACCAACAACAGAAUCAAGUGGCAGUCUUUCCAUCACCAUCAAAGUCAGCAAAUGCUUGCCUGCGUUCUCCUUAUGCCUUUGUACCGGCAGUUUCCUAUAAUUCCUCUCCUAACCCUGGAGUCAUUACCAUAGAUGCUCAAGGUAAUAAUCACAUUGGAUCUCAUUUUGAAGGAUAUGAUAAAUCUACAAGGCCUGAUUUUAAAUCAAAGAACUAUUCAGUUGCCCCACACCUUCAGGAUAGAAUAGGUAUAUCCCCACUUGAUCAUUUAACAGGCAUUCAGAUGAUUGCUAAUGUUGCAGAAAGUAUUGAGAAAAGAGAGAAGUCUGUAACAGAUAUCAAUUGUGCUGCUGGUUGGAUUGAUGACAACGGUAAAGUAACAGUAAAUAAAACAUUGGAGACAGGAGAUGUUAUAGGUACAAUUAAAUUACCAUUCAUAGAAAAUGGUAUGGAAGGAAUAUCGUGUGAGUGUUCAAUUGUUUUUAAAAGAUAUAUAAAUGAGAGUCAGACCACAGUAGAAGAGACUGAUGAAGUUCCAGGUUAUGAAGAUUUGAACUUGGAAGAUAUUAUUAACAAUGAUGGAGAAGAAGAAGUUGAAGAGAGCUUUGGUAAAGACUUUAUUGAUCCAGAUCAUCCUGUAGUUAAAAGGCGGAAAGUAGACUCAGGAGCAAGAGGGGCAAAAACUGGCAGGAAAAUGGAGGUUUAUAAAUACAAGGAACCAGAUGAUUCACUUAAUGUACAAAAUGAGCUGCAAAAUAAUAUUGUCCCAGAAUUAUUAAAUGAUCCUGCAGUUGUUAAGUACCUGGAAACUAUGACAGGGAAAACAAUAAAGCCAAGUAUUAAAGAAGAAGUUGACAAUGAAAUGUUAGAAAUCAAUGAUGAGUCCCAUAAAGAUAAAGGUUUGCAGAUAUAUCCUGAGAACAGAAUAAAGAAUGUUGUAGAUAGAGAAACAAAUCAUGGUGUCCCAGAUGUCAGUGGAGGUAGUCCUAAUAUUUUAAAUAAAAAUGAGGAUUAUGCAAUUAAAGAUGUUGAAGAGAAUCAAGUAGAGAAAAAGGUUAGUACAAUUGUUGUAAAGUUGACUCCGAAAGCUACUGAUGCAGAAAGCACACAAUUUCAGGACAACAAAUCUGUUGACAUUUCAAGGCUUCAUAAAUCUGAAAAACGUCACCACAAAGCUAUUAUUAAUGAUGUAACAGAACUGUCAGUAGAGAGUGAAAAUGAUGAUUCUGAACAAGAAAUGAUGGAUAUUGAGAGUAACAUUAAAGAAGCCAGUACAAAUGGUGAAAAUGUAAGAGAUGUGAUAAGUGAAAAGCAACUUUCCCUUUUUGGUUUUAAAGUCGAACAAUUUGUAGAAGAUAUUACUAAGGAAGUUAAGGAGAAGUUUUAUGAUACAACCAAUGACGGCGAAGAAAAGGAUAUAUUGAAGUGUAAUAGUAAAUUACAAAGUAAGGGAAAAGAUAUAAAUACCCCUAAAUCAAAAUUUGGUAACAGAUAUUUAUUGACAGAUAAAAGUUUGACAUUUUGCUGUUCAGUUUGCCAGAAAUCAGUCCAUUCUGUCGAUGCCUUAAAAAAGCAUUUUCUCACACACAAAAAGCACAAUCAUGAGUCAAGUGAAAGUGCCACUGUCAUCAACAAGCGAUUGGACCUCCUGUCUAAAACAGUUUCUGAAAAUCUGACAGAACCUGUUUGGAAAUCAUCUCCUGGUCAACCAAGUGAGCAGCUUCUGUUUUAUUGUAUGGUAUGUAAUAAAAUGUUACCUUCUCAACAAGACCUGAAAGAACAUUGUAAAUCUCACAAGACUGGUGGGGCAACUAGUGAAGAUAUUGUUAAAAUUGAUGGCACCAGUGCUUCUGAAGAUACUCUCACUGCUGACUCAGAUGCUGAUUAUUUUAUGAACAGUGACAUUAGCCUAGAUGAUUCUAAAAUAUCAAAUGAAUGUGUAUAUAAUUCUGGUAAAAAUGUACUCUCGGAAAUUGUAACUGACAAUAAGUUUAGGCAGAAAAGACAAAAAAUGCCAAAAAAGAAGACUAUUAAAAAUGAUUACAUUUGUGAGAAUUGUGGAACAGGCUUUUUCAACAUACAUGACUGUAUGAAUCAUAUGAAACAAUGUGAAGACAGUGGGACUUUGAAAUGCUUUCAGGGUUGUGGCUCUAGGUUUAAGUCUAAGUCAUUACUGGAUGUUCAUAAGAAAUUUUGUUCAAGAAGAAUAGCUUACUUAGAGAGGAUAAAUAAUGAAUUAGUUAAAAUGGAAAAUCCAGAGCUUAGUGGGGAUAAAGACAUAGAAACAUUGGAAGAUAAAGCUGACAAUUUGUCUAAAUGCCCAUUCUGUGAGCAAGUGUAUCAGACAGAGAAGAAAAUGAAUCAUCAUAAACUAGUGUGUCCUUACAGACCAAAACAGAGAUGUAGUCAUUGUGAUUUUGAAUGUAAAGGAGAUAAAAGUAUGGCUAAACAUUUAGUCGCAGAACAUGGCUUAAAACCAUUCCAGUGUAUGCAUUGUCAACGGUCUUUCAGAUUAAAAAAUUCAUUGAGUGAUCAUAUGAGAUCUAUACACACAAAGGAAACAUUUACAUGUGAAUACUGUGGCAAGUCUUUCAUCAAACAAAGUGUGUACAGAUCUCACGUAUCUAUUCAGCAUCAAGGUUUUCGAUUAGAAUGUUGCUAUUGUGGUAAAAAGUUUAAAGAUAAGAAAACGUGGAAAACACAUGAGACAUCUCAUAAAGGUGUGUACGAUUUCGCUUGUGAUGUGUGUAAAAGAACGUUCCAUAGAUCAGAUCAAUACAAAACACAUAUGCUUGAAGUACAUUUCAUAGAUGGGGAGGCAGCUCUAAAUUUGAAUACUACAGCUAAAAAACUUCGAGAGGAACUUUGUUCAAAUGUAUGUAGCAUUUGUAAGGAGAAAUUUCCUUUAGAAUCCGCUUAUGUCGUGCACAUGAUGAAAGUGCAUGGAAAAGAAGUUAUUAGCCAACCAUACCAAGUUGUGUCUUCUCAAACAGAACAUGUCAGUGAACACAUUCAACAAUGA